CCUUCCCUUCCACUUCCCUCUUAUCCGUCUGCUUCUUUAUAUGCAAUACCACCUUUAUAUGCAAUAUCACGCAUAACAUAUACAUUCUACUCCUCAUUCUCAUAUGAUGUCGGCUCGUUCGUCCCAUCGCCGCCAUCCGGCUUCUCUCAUCCCAAUUGCUGCGCAUAAUCCGUAUCUCGUGAAUCUCAUGGCAUCCCAGGUCUCGACGGACAUGAUUGAUUAUGUUGCUCAGCGAACGAUAAAAAUCAUCCGUCUUGAUUGUAACUCCCCCGUCGAAGGAACCUCGCCACAUUCACUGCAAAAUUUCAUCAGUCAUAUUGUCAACAAAGCUGGUGUGAAUGUCUCGACCCUCUUGUCUUGUCUUGUCUAUCUGGAGCGAUUUCGAAGGAAGCUGCCCACGGUCCCCGGAGGUCUGCCUUGCACAAUUCAUCGCAUCUUCCUUGCCACGCUCAUUGUGACCUCUAAGUAUCUCAACGAUUCAAGUCCGAAGAACAUUGAUUGGGCCGCACUCUCGGACCUCUUCACCGUCACAGAGAUCAACUUGAUGGAGAUUCAGCUACUGUAUCUGCUAGACUACGACCUGCGAUUUAGCGAGGAGGAAGCGUGCGCUAUUUUUGCUCCGUACAUGACUAUUGUAGCUCGCCAGGCCAGUACGCUAGCAUCCGCAGUCGACAAGGUUGCAAAGGCUGGCAAAACAAGAGGAGCACUUUCUCAGGAGCAGAAGCCGCAACAGCCUCUCACGCCAUCAGAGGACGUUCUCUCUGCGCCGUGCGCCGUUUCUCGCCCGAUUUCGCUGGUCCGUGGACUUGCUAUCCGCCUUUCCAAGGCUCACAUUCGUGCGGAUUCCGUUGACCCCUUGCCUAUGCCGAGCGCUCUGACAUCAAACUCAACGUGGACCACCUCGUUUUCGUCAACUUGUUCAAGUGAUAUCUGUUCACUGAUAGAUGAUACUGGCUCGUCGUCUAGUUCGUCAUCGGGAAUAAGCUCAGAAUCAGAAUCGGAGACUGAGGAGCACGUCGAGCCGCGUGUCCACUUCGGCUCAUAUGGUGACCACCAAGUUCUAGCAAGGGAGGAAAUGGUGGCGCCAGGCAAAAAACCUUUUAUUGUUCGUCUGUCGCGCGGAAAUCAGCAUAUCGCCCAGAGUCGAUCUCCAAAGCCGUCAGAUGCGUCCUCUGUACGCACGGUUACACCGCUCUCUCUGGCGAAAUCGUCCUCACUUCCAUCUAUUUCGUCGCUGCAGUCUCAACGAACCUCUGGCAAGCGUUCAGUAUCAGGAGCUACGGCUAUAGUUACUGGAGUCAAGGUGUCGUCUAUCACGACUAGCGUGUCGAUGCCUGUGAUUACGAGAAGUGCUCCCUCCGAUGGCUUUCUCAGCAGCAUGUGGGAUGCUGCAAGGGGUCAGGCUCUGGGACGCAGCAAGAGUGUGCCGUUGGACUACGAUACGAUGUAUUCGGGGCAAGGAGCCGAACACGUUAAAAAGACUCGUGCUUGUGCAUUCGAGAGCGGCGAAUACACGAAAUCGAGGCUCCUUCAACGUCUAGAGAAUGCUGUCUCAAAAUGACGGCGGCUCGGCGUACGACUCGAUAUUCGGUACUAAGCAUCAAAAAGCCAACACUUGGCUCAUACUCUCAUUUUUCGCAUGGACAACGGACUCUUUUAACUCUUCGGUUUAUCAUCGCUUCACUAGAGGUGCAGAGACACUACUUAUCUUUCAUCCUCAUCGCUUUCGCAUCGCUAUCCUGUCAUUAUUCAUCAGCUUUUGGGACUGCUCAUUGGAACGCUGCUAUAAAGGAUUAUCAUACUAUUGCUAUACGGACAACAUUUACCAUCAUGUACCACCACGCGUCACUAUCUUGUUCAGACUCAGUGUAUCAUUUCUCAUAUUAUAUACUACUUGGGUACUGUCUGCG